AUGUCUUACAGUCAUUUAUACAACUUUUAUACAACAGCGUGCUCAUUCUUGUGGUUACUCUAUCUAAUGUCUCAAGCUAUAUAUGUGAUUACUUCACUCAAUGAUAUUGUUGAACUUACCUUUUUACUUUUCACUGGCGUUGCGUAUAGCGCAAAUUUUAUAAAAACCAUUAUAAUGUACAGCAAUAGUGAAGUGAUUGAAUCCUGGAUUGAAAAACUCAACCAACCAAUUUUCCAACCUAAGUGCAAGGAACAUUAUAACAUGGCACAAUCAUCCAAAAAAUUUUACAAGAAGCUAUUCUAUACUUUUUUAUAUUUUGGUGUACAAUCGUCCGUAUUUUUUUGUAUAUUACCAUUUUUUCGAAAAGAAAAGUCAAUGGUUAGUGUUGGAUGGUUUCCAUGUGACUGGAAGGUGUCCCCAAAUUAUGAGAUAAUUUUUGCAUUUCAAUGUAGUAUCAUUUUCUGGAACACUAUGACAUGUUUGACUUUAGACCUAUUUUCUGCUGGUUUAUUGAUUCAGAUUAGUUUGCAAUGCGACUACUUGAUCGUAACAUUGAAUUGUUUGAAUACAUGUUUUGUCGAGAAUGGAGUUUUACGGAAGAGAGACGAAUCGAGUGGACAUUUGAUACAGAGAGAUUCUAAAAGAUUUUCGGAUACAAUUACCACCAAUUUGAUAGUAUGCAUUGAGCAUUAUAAAGAGAUCAAAAAAUUAUCGAAGGAAAUCGAAAAACUUCACAGAACAAGUAUUUUCUUCCUUUUCGCCGGAGCAGAAAUUUUCAUUUGUUCAGCACUAUUUCAGAUAACUUCGGUUACAACUGGGACCAUAGAAUUUUUCUUGGUAGUCUUUUCCUUGGUAACUUUUCUUAUGGAACAAUUCAUUUAUUGCUGGUUUGGUAACGAUAUUAUUCACAAGAGUGAAAAAAUACCUGAUGCCAUUUAUAAUACGCCUUGGCUUGAAUGCGAUUUGCAAUAUAAAAAAAUUCUUGUCAAUUUCAUGAUCCAGACAAAGUUACCCAUAAAUAUUAUGGUUGGGAAGUUAUUUCCGAUGUCGAUUCCUGUUUUCAAAUCGAUUGUUCAGGCUGCGUAUUCUUUUUUCACAGUACUGAAACAUAUGCAAGAUAAAAGGAUCUAAUGAUUGAUAUCACGUUAAUUGAAAUACUAGGAAAUAGUAUCUCCUUCACCUGAACCACAAGUUUUUGAAAUCACUGUAAUGUUCAUUUUUU